CUCCUCGUCCUCCAAGUGGCUUUGAGGCGCCCGCUGUGGCUCCGGGGUGGCACGGGCUGGCGUGCCGGUGCGGCGGGGAUUGGCUGGGGCUGGCGCGUGGGCUCCUGCGGCUGGAGCUCCCCUGGCAGAACCAGAGCCAGAGUCGGCUCCAGGCAGAGCCGGGACUGCUCCGGCUGCCCUGCUCCGGGCGUAGGGGAGCUGCCCUCGGCACUGGCUGCCUGCCCAGUACCGGGGAGCCCACUGCUCGGCCAGCGCACCUGUCUGGGCUCCGUGCGCUCCUGCCUGACCUCUGCCCGUCCCUGCCUUGCCCUCCCGGAGCUGGUGGCAUCCUGCGUGGGACCCCCGCGGCAUGGGGACGGUCAGCGAGCUCUGCGCCUCCAGUUUCCAGGCGUUCCUCUGCCCCUCGGUGGCUGCCAAGGCAGUGCCCAGUGACUUGACGCCAGAGGAGUGCCAGGAGCUGGAGAACAUCCGCCGCCGAAAGCAGGAGCUGCUGGCUGACAUACAGCGCCUCAAGGAUGAGAUAGCAGAAGUGACGAAUGAGAUCGAGAACCUGGGCUCCACGGAGGAGAGGAAAAACAUGCAGAGGAACAAGCAGGUGGCCAUGGGCAGGAAGAAGUUCAACAUGGAUCCCAAGAAGGGCAUCCAGUUCCUGAUUGAGAACGACCUGCUGAAGAACACAUGUGAGGACAUUGCGCAGUUCCUGUACAAGGGAGAGGGCCUCAACAAGACAGCCAUCGGCGACUACCUGGGCGAGAGGGAUGAGUUCAACAUCCAAGUCCUGCAUGCCUUCGUGGAGCUGCAUGAAUUCACUGACCUCAACCUUGUGCAGGCCCUGCGGCAGUUCCUGUGGAGCUUCCGGCUGCCAGGGGAGGCACAGAAGAUUGACCGGAUGAUGGAGGCCUUUGCCCAGCGGUACUGCCAGUGCAACCCCGGUGUCUUCCAGUCCACAGACACCUGCUACGUGCUGUCCUUUGCCAUCAUCAUGCUGAACACGAGCCUGCACAAUCCCAACGUGAAGGACAAGCCCACGGCGGAGCGAUUCAUCGCCAUGAACCGCGGCAUUAAUGACGGGGGGGACCUGCCUGAGGAGCUGCUCCAGAACCUGUAUGAGAGCAUCAAGAAUGAGCCCUUCAAAAUCCCUGAGGAUGACGGCAAUGACCUCACCCACACCUUCUUCAACCCUGACCGGGAGGGCUGGCUCCUGAAGCUCGGAGGCAGGGUGAAGACGUGGAAGCGGCGCUGGUUCAUCCUGACGGACAACUGCCUUUACUACUUCGAGUACACAACGGAUAAGGAGCCCCGUGGCAUCAUCCCCCUGGAGAACCUGAGCAUCCGCGAGGUGGAGGACUCAAAGAAGCCGAACUGCUUUGAGCUCUACAUCCCUGACAACAAGGACCAGGUGAUCAAGGCCUGCAAGACAGAGGCAGAUGGGCGCGUGGUGGAGGGGAACCACACCGUGUAUCGCAUCUCUGCCCCCACGCCCGAGGAGAAGGAGGAGUGGAUCAAGUGCAUCAAGGCCGCCAUCAGCCGGGACCCCUUCUACGAGAUGCUGGCUGCCAGGAAGAAGAAGGUCUCGUCCACCAAGCGGCACUAGCAGCCAGACUGGCCCUGCAAGGCCAGCCCAAGUGCUCCCCUGUCCUGGGGGCAUGUGGGGUGGGGGCCACGCUGCACGCUGGCCCUUGAGGCCCGGGGCCCAGCUUCAGCUUAGCCAUUUCUUACUGCGGGGGGAGGGAAGGGGCACGGGCAUCUCAGUGACUCUGCCCCCGUCACUGCCUCAUCACCUGAGAGCGUCCUCAGAGGCUCAGGUUGGAACACAGCCCCCCUGGGAGCCCUGGCCUGAGCACCAUGGGCACCCUCCCUGCCUCUGACCCCCAACAAGCCUGCAACCUCAUGGCACUGGGUCCCCAACACCCGUGCUCAGACACUCUUGGGGUGUUGGGCAGGAGGGCGGGCAGCUGUUGGUGAGCAGCUGGUGGUUUUGGGGUGCCACAGGUGCUGGGGUGCAGGUGCCAGCCCUGCAGAGAGAGAUACAGCUCCUGGCCCUCGUUGUAGCGGGCCUGGGUCUGUCCUGGGCGUCCCCACGCUGCUGCCUUGGACCCUCCCAGCCCCCCCUGCACUGGAGUGGUCCCCAGACACAGGAGGGACGAAGGGCGGGGACUGGUGGCGAGCCGUGGUGCCACGCAGGGCGGGGAUGUGCCCUCACCCAGCUGUGGGAGCCGUGGCUGGGAUGUGGCAGCACUCGGUGGCAUUGCCCCAGCACAUCCCUGUGCCAGGGCCGUGUGCCAGGCUGGCAUGGUGCCCUGGUGGAGCCUGCCCUCGGGAUGGCUGCUGCUGGGGGGCUGGCUGCGGCCCCAGCUCUCUCUCUGCCUCACAAUCGCCUGUGUCUUGUCCUGUCCCCAUCCCCACGCACGGUCUGGAGGCGCCUGGAUCAGUAUUAGCCUAUUUAUCAGAGGUGUAAAUACUCCUGUAUAGUUUUCUCCUUGUAGAUUAUUUUGUAUGUGGGUGGUUCAGUGCAGAGGCCUCACAGGAGUGGGGCGGGUGGGCAGGAUUUUUUAUUCUAACCUUUUUUUUCUUUUUUUUUUUUUUAAUUUGCCAUGGCCUUGUAAACUAGUGCUGAAGAUCAGCAACAAAUAAAUACUUGC